AAACAGCAGGCAGGCGGAUCAUCAUAUAUCAUAUACUAGCAAUAUAUCAAUAUGCAAGGCAUGGCCGAGAGAGACUGAGAGAGCGCUAGAGCGAGCACCAGCAAACCAAACCAAAUACGAAAAGCAUGCAGGCCACAUGCGUGUGAUGAGGAUUCAGGAGGCCAGGCGGAUCGACGACGACGAGAUGUCGGACUGGGGCCCCGUGGUGAUCGGGCUGGUGCUGUUCGUGCUCCUCUCGCCGGGGCUGCUGAUCCAGCUCCCCGGCCGCCACCACUUCGUCGAGUUCGGCAACCUGCAGACCAGCGCCGUCUCCAUCCUCGUCCACUCCAUCAUCUACUUCGCGCUUAUCACCAUCUUCGUCAUCGUCAUCGGAGUGCACAUCACCACCGGCAACUAGCUAUCUACCUACCUAUAAUAUCAUAUCUCGAUUCAAUCACCACCUUGAUUGCUUGUUGUAGAUUCAAUCAUAUAAAUCGUCGAUCCUAUUCUUCAUUCGCUUCUUUCUUUCUUUCUUUCUUUCAAAUUCAUGCAUCUGUAUUACUACAUCAUAUAUACAUGUCUUCCUACCUACUUCUGACUCCUCUCUGUCCUUCAUCAGCAUACUAGAGUAUACUGUCGUGUAUGUACUAUGUAUAGUACGGUACGGUGGAUAUGUAAAGGCUUUGUUUGUUUGUUUUGUUUUUUGCCCCUCCGAUCCCCUUGCAAAUAAAAGGAUAUCGGACCAACUCUUUACUUGCCUUCUCCAAGCUUCUAGCAUUUCUCUUGUAACAACUAGAAUAUGUAGGAGCAUAUGUAUGUUAUUAGCUUCUAUAUAUAUGUAUUGUAUGAUCCAUUCUUUGAGUA